GUCUCUUAGUUGAAAGAGGAAAUGUUUUAAUCCCUACAACCGAGCACACAGUGUGGGCAUGGAUCCAAUCCCAGCAUUACAAGAAUGUUCCCAAAGCUACCUUCGCAUCUCUUCCCUUUCCUCAUCUUACUAACACUUGCAUCUCUCUGUUUCUUCUCUUCAUUCCUCUCUUCUUCUUCUUCUUCUUCAACCUCACAAUCACUUGCAAUCUCCAACUGUAACCUCUUUAAAGGCAACUGGGUUUUAGAUCCCAAUCACACCCCACUCUACGACGAAACCUGCCCCUUCCAUCGAAACGCAUGGAAUUGCAUCAGAAACCAGAGGCAAAAUAUGAGCUUCAUUAAUUCAUGGAAAUGGGUGCCACGUGGCUGCGAUUUGCCUCGGAUCGACCCGUUUCGGUUUCUGGGUCUGAUGAGAAAUCAGAAUGUUGGGUUCGUUGGGGAUUCUCUCAAUGAGAAUUUCUUGGCUUCGUUUCUUUGCAUUCUUAGAAUUGCUGAUGAAGGAGCACGCAGAUGGAAAAAGAAGGGUGCUUGGAGGGGUGCAUAUUUUCCCAAAUUCAAUGUCACUGUUGGUUAUCAUCGUGCGGUUUUGCUCUCCAAAUAUCAGUGGCAGCCAAAGCAAACUGAAGCUGGGAAGCAAGAUGGAUCAGAAGGUGUGAAUCGAGUUGACGUUGAUGUUCCUGCAGAUGAAUGGGCUAAAAUUGCAGGUUUCUAUGAUGUCCUGGUGUUUAAUACUGGUCAUUGGUGGAAUUAUGACAAGUUCCCGAAGGAGAAACCUCUUGUCUUCUAUAAAGCAGGACAACCAAUAGUUCCUCCACUUGGGAUGUUGGAAGGACUGAAAGUUGUUCUUGGUAACAUGAUCACAUACAUAGAAAAAGAAUUUCCUAGAAAGACACUUAAGUUCUGGCGUUUACAAUCCCCAAGGCAUUUUUAUGGUGGAGAUUGGAAUCAAAACGGUAGCUGCUUGUUCAACAAGCCACUUGAGGAGAAUGAGCUUGACUCGUGGUUUGAACCCAGGAACAACGGAGUUAACAAGGAGGCAAGACAGAUGAAUUCUGUGAUUGAAGAAAUAUUACAAGACACAAGCAUCCAAUUGCUUGACUUGACACAUUUAAGUGAGUUUAGAGCUGAUGCUCAUCCGGCAAUAUGGCUAGGAAGGAAGGAUGCAGUUGCAAUUUGGGGUCAGGAUUGCAUGCAUUGGUGUCUGCCGGGUGUCCCUGACACAUGGGUUGAUAUUUUAUCACAACUGAUCCUUGAUGGUAUUGGAAGAACUGGUAGGUUAUAAAAAAUUGAGAUGCUGUCAAAUUAAAUCUUGCAUAUCAUAUACCAUACUGAAAUUUUCCACUGGAGAUGUUGAGGGGCAUGCUGCUCAGUGCUGGGACCAAUGUAAGAGAAUCUCGAGUUGAGCAUGAAAUGUCAAAUGCUGAUGUUGGAUGGGAGAAAAUCUUUGUUCUUCAACUUCUAAAGAUGGGAGACAGCCACUAAUUUUCCCGAGCAGAAGCUAUAUCAAAAGCGACUUCCUUUUAACUUUUUAAGUUCAUUUCAUCAUAGGGCCUUGUCAAAUAUUAGCAUUGAAUUAUUUCAUUCAACUAAUACUAUUGAUUGUGGAAUCUUUUAUUCAAAAUUUUGAUAUUUAGGUAGUGCAUUACAUUAGACUGAUAAGCUUGUGAAGGUAAAUUUUAUUAAGUAGUAAAUGUGUUAACCCUUUAUUUAAUUAAAAAGCUUUGUUUGGCCGGUCAUUUAA